AUGGAGAAGUGCGUAUUCUGUGGCUGGUAUCGACGAACGGAUGACCCGGGAGUGAAAUUCUACGCAGUUCCGCGGGAGCCGGGCCUGAAACGGGUCAAGUGGCUCUGUGCAAUCGGCGAGCGGCAGCUGACACCCCGAGAUAAGGUGUGCAGUAUACACUUCCGCCUGGGACGGCCAUCAAACGACCCGUCGCACAUCGACUUCGCGCCCCAUCUCUGCCUGGACUCCAGGAGGCAGCAGCAACCUCCCGUCACAACACUCUCCUUCCUUCAGCGCUUUGCUGAUGAUGAUGAGGAUUUGCUGGUAGGCCUUUACCUAUUGCAAAGGCUUGACAAAAUAAAAACAGCUGCACAGACAGCGAAGGCACAAUUUGUACUCGGUGUUGCCGUUUUUAUGGAACAGCACGAGCUACUAUACACUGACACUCUCCGAGAUAUUGAUGGAAUCAUAGGCGUAUCCAAGAUGAGGGAUGAGGCUGUCACCCUA